AUGGAACCCAACGAUGUCUUUCUCCGCGCCUUUUUCCAUGCGUGCUUUACUGGUGACCUAUCACAGACUCAGAAAGCCAUCGCCACCGGCCGACUAACUGCCGAAGACCUCAACAAGGGACUCAAGCGGGCGACACAUAGCGCACACCCUGACAUCGUGGCCGCUCUCUUCGACGCCGGUGCUAGCGUGUCAACGUCAACAAUAGCCUCUCUCCCCGGGCCAAACCUACAGCAGCAGCCGAGCGUUGUUCGCCACUUCUUGGACCAUGGCCUUGACCCCAACUCAAGGCUUUCUACCGGCGAGCCACUCCUUCCCAUGUUAAGGAAUCCCGCAUCUGCAAGAUUGCAUUUAGACUAUGCACCUUGCCUGGAAGGUGGUAUUGCUUCGUACUUCUCGGCUUCUUCUAAAGGAGACAAGCAGAAAGACCUGAGGAGGAUAACCAGUGCUACUUAA